AUGGCAAAGACGCGCUUGGUGGCAACGAGCACGAGUGUGUCCGGGCCUACGGAGAGGCUUGUAGAUGACGAGUCUACGAACGAGUCCACGGUGAGCGAAUCGAGCGCGACCAAGGACUGCGAUGAGACGAACGCGUCGAGUAGUGAGUCGGGCGAAGACGCCAAUGAGGGCGAGGAAGUCGAUCGGGCACGCGGUGCGCGACGCAAGGCCCGUAAGCGCGCAAAACGAGAACGCGUCAAAAUACUACUCGCUCGAAAACGGAGCGUGCAGCGCGAGAAGGCAGCGGAGCAACAGCGCAUGAGCGACGAGCGACUGGCGGAGCGGCAGCGAGUGGCCGACGAAGCUGUGAAGGAGCUCGAAGAGCGUAAACUGCGACGCGCACGCGACGAAGCUGAGGGACGAGUGCGGCAGCAAGGGAAGCCGGCACGAGUCAGCCUUGUACAGCACCGCGGCGAGGAAGUCGAGCAGAGGACACUCGACAGUGGAGCGAGGUAUACGGUGGCUGGCACCGAGUGGAUGCAGUACGGUGACAGAGUCGAGAGAGCAGCCCCUGUCGACUACUUAGAGGGCAUUGGUGGCUUCUUGUUGGACGUAAUGGGUGUGUGGGAGUUCCACAUGCGCAGUGUCUUUGGUGAGAUCAUUCGCGUGGAGGCAUGUAUUGUGUCUGGGUGUACGGACGAAUUUCUACUUGGUGUCGACUUUAUGCGUGGGCAUGGAGCGAUCAUGGACUUCGACAGGAAUGAAGUUCGCUACACUACGGCGAGACGAGCAGUGGUCAUCCCGUUCAGAACAAGUGGUGACGCUAACGGAGCACGUGUAGCCGCUGUACGAAUGGUGCGACGGACGGAGAUUGGCGCGAGCGCAGUGACACCAGUCGAGGUGUCGGUAGCGGCAAAUGAUGGAGAAGUGGGCGUCUUCCUGCCUACGAAGUACACCGGUGCGGUGAUGCUGGCGGUGACCGUAACGAAGGUCCAGAACGGCAAGGCGAUAGUACCGGCGGUGAAUGCGAAGCAGGGACCAGUGCGAUUGCCUGCGAGGCAAGAGCUCGGGCAUUGGAUACCGCUCGACAGUAGCGUAGAGCUAUUGCAAAUGAAUGGCGAGCUGCGGCGUGAACGGAUCAAUGAGUGGGUGAAUGGAUUGGGAGGUAGCAACGAGCCGCUGUAA